AUGAGAGAAAGAAGAGCUAACGAUGAAUUUCGUUUGUUGGACAAUCGAAGACGAGCAAAAUCUCAUAAAACCGAACGACAAAGUGAUGAAUUUAAAGCUCAAGAAAAUGAAAGAAGAGCAGAAGCUCAUAAAAUUGAACGACAAAGUGAUGAAUUUAAAGCUCAAGAUAAUAAAAGAAGAGCAGAAGCUCAUAAAAUUGAACGACAAAAUGAUGAAUUCAAAGAAGAAGAGAAAAGAAAAAAUGCACUAAGAAUGUAUAACAGUAGAGAUAAAUAUAAAAAUAAUUUUGAUGCUAUGAAAUCCAAUUAUGAGUCAAAAAUAAAAGAAGGACCUACUCAUAUUUGUAGUUGUUGUGGCAGUUUAUGGUUUGCGUAUUCAAUUAGAGAAUAUACAAUUGAGAUGUUAGCAAAGAAAGGCUUACGAACAGAAUUUAUCGAUACAGUUUGCUAUAUAAAACAUGCAAUUAUUAAAUUAUGUGCUACUUGUAGAAAGGACAUCAUGUCGAAUAAAAUACCUAAUCUUGCUCUAUCGAAUGGUUUAGCAUUCUAUGAAAUACCGGAUUGCUUGAAAAUCUUGACUGAAUUAGAAGAAAGAUUGAUAUCACCAAGAAUUCCUUUUAUGGUAAUUCGAACUUUAGGCUUUUCUAAACAAUUUGGUCUCAAAGGUAAUUUAGUAAAUGUUCCUAUGAAUGUUGACACAAAUGUUUCAAUAUUACCCAGAAGUUUUAGUGAUACUUACACGAUUCAAUUGAAACUGAUGAGACAAAUGAAAAAUAAAAAUGCUUUUAUGUAUGAAACAAUUCGACCAAAAGUCGUACACACAGCUGUUAAAUAUCUUGUUCAACAAGAACUUUAUAAAGACGAAGGUAUUGUUAUAUCUAAUGAUUGGAUUAAAGAGUAUCCCAAUGAAAAAGAAAAUUUCAUAGUCAAAAACGAAGAUAAAAAGUUUAAUGAGACUGAAAAUACGGGAGAAGACUCUGAUCAUGAUGAUUCUUGGAAUGAAAGUGACGAUAAACCAAUUAAUCCAGUAACUACUGAAACGUUGUUGAAUGACGAGACUGAGGAUCAAAAUGAUACUGGUAUUAAAUUUGCUCCAGGAGAGAAUAACAGACCGAUAUCUGUUCUAAUGGAUUUGAAAGUCGAUGAGUUAACAUUUCCAAAAAUCUAUUGUGGAAAACAACGGAAAAUUAAAGAAAAUGUCAAACUAACGUAUGCUAAAAUUGCUAAGUCAGAAUUAAGAAUGUUUGAUAGAAGAUGUGGUAGAGUGUCAAAACUCUUUUUCACAUAUAAGAAACUACAAACGAGAAAAUUCGUUGAUGCUAUUUCAAUAAAUUUGAGAAAAACAAAAAAUACGAAAAACGUAACUGUUACACAAAUGCUUAAUCGACAUUAUGUCAAUGGAUUAGUACAUAAUGAUGAUGCUUUUGCAUUUUUGAGAUUUGAUCGAUCUUCAUCAGCAUUCUGGGAACUGAAAAAGAAAGAACUUAUGGCCAUGAAUAGGCAAUUAGAAUGUGCAACAAUAUUUUUAACAUUAUCAGCAGCUGAAACACAGUGGUCAGAACUUCUUGUCAUAUUGACUCAAGUGUUAGAAAAUAAAGUAAUAACAUUAGAGGAAGCAGAGAAUUUGAGCUAUGAAAAGAGAUGCGAAUUAAUAAGACAAGAUCCGGUAACAUGUGUUCGCUAUUUUGAACAUAGAUUAAAAUGUUUAUGGGAAAUAUUAUCAGCUCCUUGUGGUCCAUUUCAAGGAUAUGAAUUAGUAGACAAAUAUGUCAGAACUGAAUUUCAAGUUCGUGGUUCACCACAUGUUCAUGCUUUAUUAUGGUUAAAGAAUGCUCCAAAAUAUGACAAAAAUAAUCCUGAAUCAAUUGAAAGAUGUGUAGAAUUUAUUGAUAAAUUGAUUUCAGUUAGUUCUCAGCCAACGGAAUUUUCUGAAGAACUUAUCAGUUUACAACGUCGUAAGCACUCACAUACUUGUAAACAACAUGUAAACGGUUGUAUAAUAUGUCGUUUUGGUAUUCCAUAUUUUCCGAUGAGUAAAACGAUGAUAUUAGAACCAUUGAGUGAUGAUGAAAAGCUCUCUAAAAAAGAACGUGAAGAGAUAAGUAAGAGUAGACAGAACGUAAAGGAAGAACUUGACAGAAUAUCAAAAGAUAAAGAUACUUCAUUAACUUUUGAAGAAUUUUUGAAAAAAAUUAAUAUGAAUGAAGAACAAUAUAUUAAAAUGAUUCGAGCUGACUUAAAAAAAGCAAAGGUCUUCUUGAAACGUGCUCCAAAUGAGAUUCGAAUCAAUGCAUACAAUCCAAUGAUAAUGUCAUUGCACAGAGCAAAUAUGGACAUUCAAUAUAUUCUUGAUCCUUAUGCAUGCUUAAAGUACUGUGUUGAAUACAUCAACAAAUCUGAAAAUGGAAUGUCCAAGCUUCUAAGAGAAGCAUUGAACGAGUUAAAAAAAAGGUAA